UGUAAUCAGUCGUCCGAAUGCGCGCGCUGAGGACGCUCGCGCGCCGCGUUAUUUCUCACCGCUCAUCUAUAAAAUAUAAAACAAAAUAACCAAAGAAUCGCUCUUCUAACCGCUAAAAUAUUCAUUUAAAUAGUGUUCUCGUGCUCUUUUAAGUGUUAUAUAUUACAAAAAUGUGAACGAACCUGUUGUAUCGAGUGGUAAUGUCAAGAAGCUUAGCACCCAGCGUCCUAGUAUCUUGAAUAAUGAUAUAAAACAACAUUUCGUACGGCAAUAAAUCGCUCGUAACUGUGUGCUUUAAUCGUUUUACCUUAAAAAACAUCACAAUAAUUAAUGGUACUGAAGUAAUUAAAAUAAAGUGAAACGGUAUAUUUAAUCAAACUAAAGUGAAACCAAGUGACGAGUAAAGUGAAGUGUCAAUGUUUGGACCAUGGCCCGGGACCGGCCGACCGCGCGGCAUUUUCACAAUCAACCAGAGCUGCAGAGAGGAGGUAGCUACGGCCUCGUUUUGAGGUGGAUAUUCUUCGUGUGGCUGGCAAAUUGCGGAACUCUGGGGAACACCGUGAAACAAGAUGGCUGCGCGUUCCCGACACGAUGGCAGGGCAAGUGGUUCCAAUCAGGCGUCAUCCAGCCGAUCAUGAUCGACGGGGCCAUGCUUUCUAACAAGGGCCGGUGCCUCUCAUCUGAGGGCGACAAAUUUCUUAUAGUUGAUGAAAAAGGGUGCUACCGCUGCGUUGUGAUGCAUGAGAAACAUAUAAAUGUUCUGCAAUAUAAAGAGAGUAAGUUAGAAUUGAUGAUUAUACGACAUAUAUAUAGAAGACGAGGCACUGUUUUUUUUUUAUGUAUGUAUAUCUUUUGUGUUCCAGCUUUCUGUCACCGUCGAGAUGCACUACCACACUUGUGUUCCCUUAUCAACGGAGAUGCCCUGUUAUAUUCCAUGUUCAGAGAGAACGCGGAACCCGUCGAUUGCCCACUCAAAGGACCUUUCUCUUUCACUUACAAUAGGGGACAUGGUAACUGCAAAAUUCCAGCCUCGUCUAUCGAGAGCUGUACGGAAGACUCGAGGUUACUGCUCAACUACCAAGCUUGCCCUGAUGUGUAUGGUUCUGAAAGCACAGUGGAGGAACUAGAAUGCUUGGCCACGUGGAAGGAAGGAAGCCUCAGGUUCCUAGUGGGGAAGUUACACCACAACCACGCCACCAGCAACGAAGACAGAUACAGAUGUUUCGUCUACGAGAAGGCAAAUGGUAUUGCAUCAGCUGCCAUGAAGGAGGGACCUAGUCCUGCCAGUGGAGUCGAGUACAGAGUAGCGCAGUCUGGUGACGCGACGUGUAACGGCUUAUUUAGUGCAACUGAAGGAUCUAGGACUAUGGCUUUAAAGAGAGUAUCGGUACGAUUUAAUUGCCAGUUCCCCUCCUGGAUGACGUUCUCCCACACGUGGCACACCCUUGACUUUAGCAGUAACUACACCUUCUAUCAGCGCAACGCAACAUUACGCAUCACGAACCAGACGGGUGCAGAAAUUAAGGUGUACUGUGUUAAUGUGAAAGCCAGCUCGCCGAGUGGUAACUCUGUCGCGCUGGUGGCGCAUUGGCAACAUCACUGUGCUUCCCGCUACGUCUGCGUGGUCCUGUACAGACGGGACACCUUUAUAGCGGAGUUGCAGCGCGGGUCGCCAACAUCGAGACCCGAUGAAGCCUGCUCCCCACAUCACUUCAAUGCUGUCACUGCCCCUUACGUAACAUUAGUUGCAAGUAAUCCCGAAUCAAAAGAAUGUCCGUAUUCUGGUAAAUAUGUGAUUUCAAACCAUAGACACAAGCGGAGUUACCGACCGGAUGAGCGAGAGAGAAAUAGGACUAAGCGAGACAAAGCGAUGCUUCAACAUAAUCGUAGAGUUAAUCACACUAGACUGUUCAAUUUUAGUGUUAGGAAUAUGUCGGAUACUCCGAUUCUACGAAGUAGAAGACAUUCGGAAGGGGAAAUAAGUUGCGCAGGCGCCGUUUAUAAUAGACUAGAAGUUGGAUGCAACUCGAUAAAGAAUAUGGAGUUUUAUUCCACGUGUAAUAAUAAGGAAGCAAUAACAGCUUAUACGUGUCACGGCGGGUGGUACGAGAACGGCGCGUCGUUCGUGGUGACGACGCCGGUGACGCGGGACAGCACGGCGGCGCGGCGCUACUGCUUCGUGUCGCGGGACGCGCGCGACGCGCGGGACGCGCGGGACGGCGCGCUGGCCGUGGCGCGCUCGGCCGCCAACUGCGAGCGGACCGUCUCGGAACCUGAAGCCUUACUCUUUGAUGCAGCUUUCACAGGUAAGUGUCAAGACGAACCCAACAGCCAACCGCUCCAGAGAAUUUCAUCACCAUACAUAAUCAGCGUGGCGCCAAUCAUCAUCCAUUACAUCAUACCGAGGUGAUUCACAACCGAGUGUUAAAAUAUAGGAAUUUGAACCCCCUACCGUUGUAAUUAUAUUGAUACGAUGUUUAGAUAAAAACUUUCAUUUCACUUACAUUGUUAUAAAAUUAUUUAUUAUUAGUCUUUGAACUUGCUCAUCACAUUUAUAUUAUAAGAUUUAUUUUUAUUUAAAAUUUAGUUUUAAAUUGUAUAAAUUAUGCAAUGUAUAAGAUGUAAUUUUACACUUCAAUAACAAGAUCAUUCUGUUAUUCAGAGUAAUAUUAAUUCGUAUUAAUAUUAACUAGCAACAACGAACAAUGUAUUUUCGUUUAUUGUGUAUGGUAACAUUGUAUGGAAACCACGUGCGCUUUUCAUAGAAUGUUAUGUUUAAUCUGGACGCUACAGAACAAUAUGCGUCCGAAAAAUUUAAUAACUACAAUCAUUCUAUCCUAUAUACUCCCAUUUAUCAUGAUAACAAUAUUUUAAUAUAACUUUUAAUCUAAACUCAUACUACUUUAGUAUCUGCUUUACCACAUUUUUAAGGAUUUCAAAUAAUCUCAUAGAUAAUAAAAUUUAUAUGACAAGCGUGGUAUUAGAAACAUAUUUUGACAUUAAAUAAAGAGUUGAGACGCACCUUUAAUAUUUUAUUAUAAAAGUACAUAUAAUUAAGUAAUAUUGUUGAAAUAUAAUUCAGAUGUUUGUCACAUUAUUUUCAAUGAUAGAUAUGGUGCAAAUGGUUGUGAAUUAAAUGUUUAAAUUAACAGUGAAUGAGUCAAAACUUUGCGUUCAUUUAAGUGUUAGCAACAGCUGGAUUAUUAGGGGUUAUACAUUGUAAAGAUUGAAGUCUGUCUAAUUCACAAUUACAAUAUGUAUCCGUUUUCUUCUUUAUACCGGGCAGUACUCACACGUUAUAACUACAGAAUUAAAUCCGCACACAAUGCUACUAAACUAUCUGUAAUUUUAGUAACACGAUGUCGUACGUUAUUAUACAAUCUCGGACGAAGAACUAUUAUAAUUUAUUAUCCUGUUGCUGACCAAUCACUUAUUGCUAGGACUAAUAUAUCAAUUGUAAACAAUGUUAAUGUGUUUUAGUACGGUUGUGUGAAAAUGGCUUUACAUCGAUUGUAACGCCUGACACUGAUAAUUAAAACUUCGAUAAGUUCUGUCAAACAUUUUUGUUUGUCGUUCUCUUUACAUAUAGUUUGUUCUACAAUAAAUGAUACCCGCAGGCCAAUAAUUGUCAGACAUUAAGUUUAAAUGAAAAUGUCAACCAGCAAGUAUUGUCUGAGAUUUGAUUUUUUACAAAAAGGUGUAACCUGUCGAGCAGUUGAAAUGAAAUAUUAAGCCGCGGAAUUCAUAUUGGUGUUUUAAGCUUUGUAUACAUUAGUUAUUUUUAGCAUAAUCAUUUAAUUCUGUAGUUCUGACUAUCAACAAAACUCUAGGUCCGUUAUAAAAAUAGUCUUAAUUUUUAAUUAUCUUUGACUAGCAAAAUUAAUUAUAAAAAAACUUAUCACGUAACGCUUAACAUUUUAUAAAAGUUUCAAGUAUCGUAUAUAUAUUUAUUUUAUGAAUAGUUAAAUGUAAAAAUUAAAUCAUUGGACUAUUGACUGCUAGGUACGUAAGUAUUUUAGUUGCAUUUAUUUUAUAUAGGUACCUAUAUAACUUAAUUUUACAUUUACAUAGAAAAAACGCAUUGUUUUAUAAUUAUUAUUAACUGAUACGGAUUCAAGGAUUACAGACAUUCUCGAUGAUGGGAACCGUAGACUGCGAAAUAUGUCGAGCACGAUUCGAUAAAUACGAUAAUAACGUUACAGAAUCCAAAUCAGUUAAAAAUAAUAUAAUGGAAACUUCACGCAGUAGUAAGAAAUCGAAUUAUAAUUUUAACUUAAAAUUUACUUUAUCGUAAUUGUUUUUGUCAACUUUAGAAUUAAUUACUUCUUUAAUUGUGUCGUUGUUUUACUGUAUAUGGUCAUAAACUAUAAUGCUUUGAUAAGUAAUAUGAGCAAAGAAUAGUUUUUUAACAGAACUUGAGCCUUCUACAUAAUUGACCGUCAGACGUAAAUGCCUGUCUCGUUAAAAAGAGCAUACAUUUGACAUCGAACGACUUUUAACAGGGCUGCCAAUAUAAUAACUAUUAAAAAGUAAUUGAUUUUUAACUAUUGACUUUUUAAUAAUCUGAAAAGUGGAAAUAAUUUCAUAGGAUGUUUUUUUUUAUUAUUCAUUAUAUAUACGUAUUAAAGAUAAAUCUCUUUCAUGAAUUUCUGACUACAAUCCUUAAACAGCUAAUAAAAUUAAAGACAUAUAGCUGCUGAUACCCGUAUUGUCUAUGUUUGAUUGAAUAUAUAAUUUUUAAAUAACAAUAAGGAUGCAUCCUUAUUUCUUAUAUAAUGUUAAUACUUUAGCAUUUCUAAAAAAUCUAUAAAUAAUAAUACAAACAUGAGUUAGCUUUAAAUACACAGCAUCGAAGACUAUAUCUUUCAAAAAUAUUAUAACAUUUAAAAUCUUUUUCGCUUAAAAUUAAUCUUAUAUUACACAAAGUAUGUUUUACAUCAGCAAAGGUUUUCAUGGUACAGUAUUUAAUAGAGAUCAAACACGAAGCUUAGAUGAUAUGUACAAAGUUAUUGUAAUUUUUAACGUGUUAUUGCCGUAGCUAGAAUAAUUUAGCUUUAUAUUUUACCCAGAAUGAUAUACAUGAAUUCUAAUACUAUGAUUUACUAUUAUUAUGUCAAGUAUAUCUUAAUUAAAAUUUUAAUUAUUUCUACCACCACGUUUAAAAUAAUUACCGAAUAUUAUUUCAAUUUGUUAGAAAUAAAAACAUGUCUCUGUUUUUAAUGUCCUUAAUCACCCAUAUCUCGUACAUUCUCGUAAAUAUUUAAGUUAAUUUUAAGUCUUCUUUCUGUAUGUAGAUGAUUACCGUUAUUGCACUGUACCUACUGUCGUAUUACAGUGUGAGUCUAAAGCAGCUUGACUGGUAGGUCAACAAAACCCCUUUAUAUCUGCCAUUAUAUAAGUAUUAACACUUUAAUAGAAUAACUUGAUAAAAAUACCCAAUUAUUACUUUUAUAUAUUACUUUGCUUGUUUGAGAAGUACUUAUCUAUAUUGUAUAGUUGUGUUUGAUUUUUUUAAAUUCUUUACAUACAAAUGAAUAAAGCUCUUAGGUCAACUGUAAUACGGCACCAACUCCUUUAGUAUAGCAUACACAUUUGUUACAAGCGCGCCAUUUGAUGGUUGCUAUAGUUAAUAAAAAUGUAUUUGUUACAAUUUAUCUAAGGAGAGCAUUGUUUUCCUUCAUCAAGCAAUACUAAGAUAAAUUAGUUUAUAGAAUAUACAUUAAGAUAAGUGAAAGAACGAAUACUCAUUUUGAGAUAAAUGUAUAGUUAUCUAGAUAGUUAAGGUUAGAUAUAAAAUCGCAACAGCAAUAAUAUAUUUGUAUUUAUAGCUAUUGAGCGUUAAAUUUUUAAUAGUUAGUAGGUAGACAGUUGUGAAUAAUUGAGCUGGUGUUGUUAUUUUUUAUUGUGACAGAGAUUAUUUCUUUGGAAGUAAGACGUGGAGUCAUCGUUGAAAUAUGAGAUGGUAUUUCCAAAACACAAUGACAUCGUGGUUUACACCGUGUGAUAUAGAUACAUUUAAUUAAGUAUAUAGUCGUCAGCAUGGAUUAUAAUAAACUGCAAAAUUGUA